AUGAAUGAUCAAGAAUUUCAUGGAUUUACAUCAAAGUUUAAACAUUAUCAUUCCAAUUUAGAAGAUGUUGAUGAUAUGGAUUAUAUUGACGAGAAUGAUGAGACAAUUAUCAAAUUUCAAAAUAUUCUCGAAUCACAACAAAACAAUGAUAGGUGUGAUCAUUCACUUGUAUCAAAACAAUACCAGCAAGAAUCGCAAACAUCGACUGAUUAUAUCGGACCAUUAACGCGUAGUCGUGCUCGUCUGACAAAUAAUACAACACCAGAAAAAUCACAACUUAAUAAAACAACACCAAGGCGACCAAAAAAAGAUAAUUGA